AUGGAAUAUUCUGAUAGAAGUCAAAAUCCAUUUUUUUCAUCAUCUGCGACAUUUGAGUCUGAUGAUUUAUGUUCACCAAAAAACGAAUUAAAUAUUAAUGAUGAUCAUUCUCCUUCCACAUCAUCAAGUUCACCAGUACUUUCAGAUUCCUUGGAAUCCUUUUCGUCAACUCCAACUUCGGAUUUCUCGUCAUCAUUGUACACUGGAUUUUCCUCUUUAUCCUUAACAUCACCUUGCUCCAAUUCUUCCAAUUCGCCCUUUACCAAUUCUAAAGAGAAAGAGGAAUUGAGUGGAAUAAUUAUGUCUAAAUAUCUUCAAUUGAUCAAUCAAAAAUUAUCGUUGCCAAGUGAUCGUAUCACAGAUAUUAUUGAAGUAGAUUUUCCAAGAGACUUAUCGAUAUCAAUGUUUUAUCAAUUACUUAGUCAGAUGAAUACAAUUGGUGUACAAAUAUUUAAACAAUCAACACGAAUGAAAAUUCUUCUGGAAAUAAGAUAUAUUUAUGGGAAUUGA